AAAGUGAUCGGCCGAAUGCAAUAAGUUCGUUGGCAAAAUAAAAUAAUGUCGUCGGAUAAAGGAUUCGAUCUUAUUAGAGAGUAUGAACGGUCAACUGAUCCCAUACCAGCGUUUAACGAUGAUGGCGUCCGUUCUGUUCUAGAGGACAUUUCAAAGAUCUAUCAAGAAAAUUAUGCACAUGCAAUAACGUUCAACGAAACGGGUGACCGGAAACUGCUUCCACUCGUCAUGUACCGCCACAAUCUCAUCAAGCGCCAGAAACGAUGCGUCCUGGCCUACCUGUCCAACCGUCUGUUUCGUCUCAAACGGCUACGCUGGCAUGUCGGUCCAAUCCUGCCGCCCGAAAUCAAAUCCUGCAUCAACGAUCCGGAAUCGGCGUGGUUCAACAAGUACUCGCGCAUACUGGCGGAGUACAUGGCCUCCAUUCACGACGGGUACGGGUUGAAUCUGACGAACGACAUCAAACCGCCGAAAUCCCUCUACAUCGAGGUACGCUGCCUGACCGACUACGGAAAGUUUGAGCUGGAAAGUGGGGAAAUAGUGCUGCUGAAGAAGAACAGUCAACACUACCUACCGAAGCUGCAGUGCGAACAGUUGAUCCGGCAGGGCAUCCUGCAACACAUUACAUAGGGACAACCGUUUUUUGUUUUGUUUUGUUUGUUCUGGAAUGUUUGAACACCCUAGCACCCAUAAACCUUUUUUUUAUAAAUACACAACAAAUCCAUCCUACAAUACAA